AUGACAAGCUGGCAAACCACUUCCAGCCGUUGGAGCGAGAAAGCCAAUACAAAUGAUCACAGUUUGGAAGUUGAAAAUAGCCAACCAGAUACAGAUAGCACCUCACAUAACAUGACAGAAAAUCCUGAUGAUUUCCCGGAUGGCGGACUCAGGGCCUACCUUGUCGUUUUGGGCUCGUUCCUCGGACUAACGGUGGUGUACGGAUUCCUCAACUCGAUAGGAGUGCUCCAGUUGUAUCUUCAAAAACACCAACUAUCAAAAGUUUCGACUUCCAAGACCUCGAUGAUUUUUGCUGUGUAUGUUCUCGUGUCGUAUACGGUCUCAAUGCUGGGUGGAAUUGCCUUUGAUGAGCUUGGUCCGAGAAUCACACUCGCAUUUGGCACAGUUUUUCUUUUCCUCGGCAUGUUUUUUACUGGAAACUGUAAUUCCUUAUCAGAAUUUCUAGCAUCAUUCGGAAUUGUGUCAGGAAUCGGGUUUGGGAUUUGCGGGGGACCUUUGGCUGCAGUUAUCAGCCACUGGUUUCUAAGAAAAAGGUCCCAGGCCUUUGCACUAGCCACACUUGGAGAUUCUGUUGGUGGAAUCAUCUUCCCGCUUAUUUUAAACAAACUCUUUGCUAGUGUCAGCUUUGCAUGGGCAAUGCGUAUAAUUUCAUUUGUCUUUUUGGUCCUUCUUACGUUGGCAACAUUGCUUGUUAAAGGUAGAAACCAGGAGAUCCGCCCGAAAGGCGAGAAAUCAAUCCACAAACCCACACUCAGGCAAAGAUUACGCACCUUAUACAGGAAAAGCAUCGACUUCUCAGCGCUUAAAGAACCAGCAUUCUUUUUCUGCACACUUGGCGUCUGUUUUUCGGAAACCGGACUUGUUGGAAUGGCAACAUACUUCCCAUCAUAUGUUACAGCUGUGGGAUACAGUGAUUCCACAGCCAAUCUCACGAUGACAAUCAUGAACUGUAUUGGAAUCCUCGGGAGAUACAUCCCGGGCAUUAUUGCCGAUAUAGUUGGUCCUUUUAACGUCAUGAUUGCCAUGAUGACCUUCACCUGCAUCACUGUUUGGAUUAUUUGGCUCUUAUGGUCUUCCUACUCUUGCUCACUUGCCUCCAUCUAUGUAUAUUCUGUAAUCUACGGGUUUUUCAACUGCUCAGUCCUCUCUUUGGCGCCAAGUUGCAUUGCUGCCAUUUCACAAACCGAGGUCUUCGGCCAAAGAUACGGCACUUGCUACCUAAUAACUGGUAUAUUCGUUUUUGGUGGCUUGAUUGCAGGUGGUGCCAUUAUUUCAUCUAGAACCAUCGCCGAUUUCAGAUACUUCAUCAUAUAUUGUGGUGCGCUUUACACGGCAAGUGUUAUUUGCUAUCUGAUCAAUCGCUACCAACAGACAGGUUUGAGAUUUAAAGUCAAAGUUUAG